AUGCUUGGAGAAGCCUUCCUAAUUGAAUUCCUAUACAAAGAAAAGGAGUAUACAAAAUUGUGCAAAUCACUUAAAAAUAAGAUCACAAAUGAUGACAAAGAAACUUGGAAAAAGCAGCUUUUAGUUACAGAAGACAAUUCACUUUCACCUGAUAAAAUAGAAAAUCGAGAUAAGGUUGUGAAAAAAAGCUUACCACAGCAAAGAAAUAGUACAAAUAAAAGAAAAUCUGUGGAUGUGGUGACUAUCACAAAAUGCAAAAGUGCUUCCCUUCCAGGAAACGUGUCUGUUGCUCUGCCCAUUCCAAGGAGAGUACAGCUUGAUGAAAUACAACUGGAUUUGUACAGAUCUUUUUCAUCUACAAGUAUUUUCCAGAAUUAUCCUGAUCUACAGAUUGGAGGAAACCAUGUGGGGAACAUGUAUGAUUCAGGAUGUUUUGUGGAACAAGUAUGUGAUGAUACUUUUAAAGGCCCUCUUUUAGUUUCAGUAGAUAAACCAUCGGGUAGUUCUUCUAUCUUUGAGCUCCUAGAGAAACUACCUGUCUCAAAGCUUUUGAAUGGGGAUGAAAUUCGAGAAAAAAGUAUGUUGUUCCAUAAGCAGCCUCUCUCAAAUUCUAUGCUUAACAAUUACAUGGAAAAAAACGUGGACGAACUCUAUAAACAGUUUUUGGAAGAAAAUCUCACUAGAUGCUGCUCCAUUACUAAUUUUCUGGCUUCCAGUUUACUAAUCAAUAAUGCAAAUCACAUCAGCCUUCAAACAUCUCAAGAGCAAAACACAGAGGCAUCAAAAGCUCAGAAAGCUUUCCUAUGCUCUUUUGCAAGAGAUAAUCUCUGUAACUUUUCACAUGGAAAUACUUCUGAAUUCAGCACUCCUAACUUACAAAUAUCAAACUAG